UUUCAAGACCAUAAUCUCUUACAUUGAUGAGCAGUUUGAGCGAUACCUGCAUGAUGAGAGUGGUUUGAACAGAAGGCAUAUCAUAGAUAACCGGGUCCAUUGCUGCUUCUAUUUCAUUUCGCCAUUUGGUCAUGGCCUUAAGCCUCUGGAUGUUGAGUUCAUGAAGGCUAUACACAACAAAGUAAACAUUGUACCAGUGAUUGCAAAAGCUGAUACUCUUUCUCUGAAAGAGCGAGAAAGACUAAAGAAAAGGAUUCUGGAUGAAAUAGAAGAGCAUGGCAUCAAGAUUUAUCACCUGCCUGAUGCUGAAUCUGAUGAGGAUGAAGAUUUUAAAGAGCAGACCAGACUUCUGAAGGCCAGCAUUCCAUUUUGUGUAGUGGGUUCCAAUCAACUUAUUGAAGCCAAAGGUAAAAAAGUUAGAGGUCGACUCUACCCCUGGGGUGUAGUUGAAGUGGAAAAUCCGGAACAUAAUGACUUCUUGAAGCUGAGGACCAUGUUAAUCACCCAUAUGCAAGAUCUUCAGGAGGUGACUCAGGAUCUUCACUAUGAGAACUUCCGCUCUGAGAGGCUCAAGCGAGGCGGCAGCUCCCAGAAAAUAGAGGAUGAAGAAGUAAAUAAAGACCAGAUUCUGCUUGAAAAAGAAGCUGAAGUAAGAUGA